AUGGUCCGGGAAAUACGCUACUUUGAACUGGAGAGCAGCGGCGUUCGAGAGGAGAUCCGUUACCACUACCGCUUCAAGGGCAAGCCCCGCUCCGAGUCCUUCCCCUACCGCCUUGCCGACGGCCAGUGGCACAAGAUUGCCCUCACUAUAAGCUCCUCCCAUCUACUCUUGCACGUCGAUUGUAACAGGAUUUACGAGCGAGUUAUAGACCCGCCUCAGAUGGAGCUCACCCCGGGCAGUGGAGUUUGGCUGGGACAGCACAGCCACAAGCACGGCUUAUUCAAGGGCGUCAUCCAGGAUGUGAAGUUGAUAUUUGCUCCCAACGGCUACAUCACCCAAUGUCCAAACCUCAAUCGCACCUGCCCAACCUGUAGCGACUUCCUGAGCUUAGUGCAGGGCAUUAUGGACCUGCAGGACUUACUCGCCAAGAUGACCCUGAAGUUAAAUUACGCAGAGUCCAGGCUGACCCAGCUGGAGGGAUGCCACUGCGAGAAGACGUGCAGCGCUAACGGCCUGGUCUACAGGAAUAAGGAGCUCUGGGUGGAGCCGGAAAAUUGCAGGAACUGUGCAUGUAAGAACGGCGUUGUGGAGUGCCGCCGGAUUUUCUGUCCUCCUACGAAUUGCUCCGAAGACUCAUUGCCUGUACAUGUGGAUGGGACGUGCUGUAAGAAAUGCAGGCCAAAAUGCAGAUACGUGGGCAAGGUCUUCUCCCAGGGGCAGCGCUUUUUGUCCAGGAGCUGCAGGGAAUGCAAGAACGGCUUGAUGGUGAAAGUUUCAGAAACAUGUCCACAGCUCAACUGUUCUGACAAUGAACAGAUCUUAAGGGAUGGGAGAUGCUGCAAUGUUUGCCAAGGUUACGACUUCUGCUCAGAGGGGAUCAUCUGUGGAGACAACUCUGAAUGUAAAAAUCGGAAUACAAAAGCGGAGUGUGAAUGCAAGAGCGGCUACGCCUCUAUUCACGGGGAUUCUACUUACUGCGAAGAUAUUGAUGAGUGUGCGACCCAGAUGCACUACUGCCAGACCAACAGUGUGUGUGUCAACCUGCCGGGCAGCCAUCGCUGUGACUGUUUGCCAGGCUUCACCCGAGUGGAUGAAUAUUCCUGCACCGAGCAUGACGACUGCGCCGGCGGCCAGAACUCGUGUGACGAGAACGCCAUCUGCACCAACACCAUUCGAGGACACCUGUGCACCUGCAAGCCUGGCUACGUCGGGAACGGCACCAUCUGCAGGGCGUUCUGUGAAGACGGGUGCAGGAGCGGCGGGACGUGUGUGUCUCCCAACACUUGUGUUUGUCCUUCAGGAUUCACAGGACGCUAUUGUGAAACAGAUAUCGACGAGUGUGCAGAGGGUCUGAUUGAGUGUCACAACCACUCCCGCUGUGUCAACUUACCUGGCUGGUACCACUGUGAAUGCAGAACCGGUUUCCAUGACAAUGGCUCCUAUUUGCUGGAUGGGAGCUCCUGCAUGGACGUGGACGAGUGCAGUUUGCAAACGCACAGCUGCUGGAAUGACAGCGUGUGUGUGAACCUACCAGGAGGCUACGACUGUGUGUGCACAUCAGGUCCAGGAUGCACUGGAGACUGUCCACAGGAGGAAGGGGUCAGAAGGAACAGAGAAGACUGGAAAGCCAGCUUUGACCUGUGCACCAUCUGCUCCUGCAAGGAUGGCCGGACAUAUUGCAGAAGGAAACCGUGCGACUGUGGCGACCCGGAGGAGGAUCUGUUUUGCUGUCCUAGUUGUGACAACAGGCCCAGCAGCCAGUGUCUGGACCAGAGUGGUCGCACACUCUACCGUAGCGGAGCAUCAUGGCUGUACGGAUGCCAGCAGUGCCGCUGCAUGGAAGGGGAGGUGGACUGCUGGCCUCUGGUUUGUCCGGCGCUGACGUGCGAGUACACGGCGGUGGCCGAGGGCGAGUGCUGUCCGCGCUGCGUGGCGGACCCCUGCUUGGCUGACAACCUGUCCUACGACAUCCGGCAAACGUGCCAGGACCCCGCGGGCAUCGCCCGUCUCAGCGGAGACACAUGGCGGAUGCCCAAGUCGCCCUGCACCAGCUGCACGUGUAAAAAUGGAAACGUUUGCUGUUCGGUGGAUCUCGACUGCCUUCACAACAACUGAAGAGCCGCUCCCCGCCGCCCCUUUUCUCUCGCCUCCUCGCCCUGACUCCUACUCUCUCGCCACAGGCUCGCGGCGCCCUUCCACCCCCUAUUUCUCCCGUUAGACAACGGGGGAUUUUUUUGACAGACUCUUGCACAGUCUUGUGCAUGUCAUUGUGUGCACAGAGAAUACAAACACGCGCCGGUUGAGAUGCGGCGUCCAACCCCCCCACCCCCCCACCCCCACCCACCUGUAACGACUGACGGUACGUGACUGGACAGGGCUCGGACGGCGCCUGGGGUACUCUCACCACUCAACUGUAUGUUUUUGUCCUCGGUCUGACCAAAUGUUUUUAGGUCAUUUCAUUGAAGCCUUAAACCAGAUGCUUGGUCAUGAGGUCAUAGGUCAUAAUGCAACAUCGUUUUAUGCCAUACCAUUCAGUCACGUUAACUCGCAAACAAAAGUCACUUCCAACACUUGUGCAAUUGUGCAACCCCGAAACACCUUUUUUUCCUCAUUAAGCUGAGAAAUAAAGUAGUGCAAUUAAUUAGGGGUGUCCCGGUGAUAUCGGUCAGACAUCAGCGAGAAACAAGUAUUGGCGAGAAUUUUAAACUUUCCGAUACAAAGUUUGUUUACUUGUGCAAAGCUGGGCAGCCAGUUUACAUCUAAAUGUCCUCCAAUAAGCACACAAAGUUGGGCUUUACUUUUACUUAAGGGAAGCACUUACGCAAAGAGUAGGGAUGUAAUUAGGGAUGUCCGAUAAUGGCUUUUUGCCGAUAUUCCAAUAUUGUCCAACUCUUAAUUACCGAUACCAACAUACAGUCGUGGAAUUAAACACAUUAUUAUGCCUAAUUUGGACAACCAGGUAUGGUGAAGAUAAGGUCCUUUUUAAAAAAAUGUAUAAAAUAAAAUAAGAUAAAUAAAUUAAAUAAAUUUUCUUGAAUAAAAAAGAAAGUAAAACAAUAUAAAAACAGUUACAUAGAAACUAGUAACUAAUGAAAAUGAGUAAAAUUAACUGUUAAAGGUUAGUACUAUUAGUGGACCAGCAGCACGCACAAUCAUGUGUGCUUACGGACUGUAUCCCUUGCAGACUGUAUUGAUAUAUAUUGAUGUAUAAUGUAGGAACCAGAAUAUUAAUAACAGAAAGAAACAACCCUUUUGUGUGAAUGAGUGUAAAUGGGGGAGGGAGGUCUUUUAGGUUGGUGCACUAAUUGUAAGUGUAUCUUGUGUUUUUUAUGUUGAUUUAAUAAAAAAUAAAAAAUAAAAUAAAAAUAAAAAACGAUACCGAUAAUAAAAAAAAUGAUACCGAUAAUUUCCGAUAUUACAUUUUAAAUCAUUUAUCGGGCGAUAAUAUCGGCAGGCCGUUAUUAUCGGACAUCUCUAGAUGUAACGGUAUUAAAAUGUCGCUGUACGAUAUUAUCACGGUAUUAAGGCCAUGGUACAAUAUUACUGUGGUAUAUGUUAAAAAAAAAAGUGUAAUUCAGGGGUGUCAAACUCAUUUUAGCUCAGGGGCCGGACUAUUAAAAUCAUGGCAUUAAAACUAAAAAAAAAUAAAGACAACUUCAGAUUCAGAUCUUUGUCUUACUUUGGCCAAAAAUAGAACAAAGACAUUCUGAAAAUAUUACAAUAAAAAUAUAGAAAAAAAAUACCGGCAGCGGUAAAGUUUAGAUCCAUGAAGAAAUUGAAUUUAUUAGAGAUGUCUGAUAAUAUCGAACUGCCGAUAUUAUCAGCCGAUAAAUGCUUUAAAAAGUAAUAUUUUGGAAAUUAUCGGUAUCCGUUUCAAAAUUAUCGGUAUCGGUUUGAAAAAGUAAAAUUUAUGACUUAUUAAAACGCCGCUGUGAACACAGACGUAGGGAGAAGUACAGAGCGCCAAUAAACCUUAAAGGCACUGCCUUUGCAUGCCGGCCCAGUCACAUAAUAUCUACGGCUUUUCACACACACAAGUGAAUGCAAAUCAUACUUGGUCAACAGCCAUACAGGUCACACUGAGGGUGGCCGUAUAAACAACUUUAACACUGUUACAAAUAUGCGCCGCACUGUGAACCCACACCAAACAAGAAUGACAAACAUUUCGGGAGAACAUCUGCACCGUAACGCAACAUAAACACAACAGAACAAAUACCCAGAACCCCUUGCAGCACUAACUCUUCCGGGACGCUACAAUAUACACGCCCCGCUACCCCCUAAACCCCCCACACACACCUCAACCCCGCCCACCUCAACCUCCUCAUGCUCUCUCGGGAAGAGCAUGUCCCAAAUUCCAAGCUGCUGUUUUGAGGCAUGUUAAAAAAAAUAAUGCACUUUGUGACUUCAAUAAUAAAUAUGGCAGUGCCAUGUUGGCACUUUUUUCCAUAACUUGAGUUGAUUUAUUUUGUAAAACCUUGUUACAUUGUUUAAUGCAUCCAGCGGGGCAUCACAACAAAAAUAGGCACAAUAAUGUGUUAAUUCCACGACUGUAUGUAUCUGUAUCGGUUGAUAUCGGAAUCGGUAAUUAAGAGUUGGACAAUAUCGGAAUAUCGGAUAUCGGCAAAAAAGCCAUUAUCAGACAUCUCUAGAAUGUAUGUUUAUAACUGAAUACAUUUACACAUGCAUAAAACUGUGUUUUCUUUUGUAUUUUUUUUAUUUAUUUUUUAUGAAUGAAGUAACAUUUAUGACAACCUUUUUCCAAAACACAAUAUAGAAUGUGAGAUAUAACAGGAUAAUGCAUACAUUUAGCAUUCGUUUUCAAAACGCUUACAAAAAAAAAGUGGGACCCCAAAAAUGUACCGUGGGUCCCCUUUUCAUGACUUGAUGGGGUCCCCGGGGCCCCAUUUUGAAAAUUCCUAGCGCCAACUCUGAUGGAAAACAAAUGCGUACUAAUCACAUAUCAUCCCUGGGACCCCAGACACUUCAUUCAGGCCUUGACUUUGACACAUAGGCUCUAAUUCAAUCAAUCAAUGUUUAUUUAUAUAGCCCUAAAUCACGAGUGUCUCAAAGGGCUGCACAAGCCACAACGACAUCCUCGGUUCAGAUCCCACAUCAGGGCAAGGAAAAACUCAACCCAAUGGGACAAUGAGAAACCUUGGAGAGUAAAUCCCCAAGUAAAAGGAGAUAUUUAACUAUUUGUUUUUAUCUCACAAAAUAUUUUUGCAAUACAGUAUAUAAUAAUAUAAUUGUCAUGAUCAAAUCAUGUUAAAGUUUAUGUUUUUGCCAUUUUUUUCUGUCAAAAUUUAAUUGUAUUUAGUAGAAAAAUAAAUAAAUAAGUAUUUCAUUGAAACCCAUUUUUUCCAGGCUUUCGCGGGCCACAUAAAAUGAUGUAGCGGGCCAGAACUGGCCCCCCGGGCCCUUGAGUUUGACACCUGUGAUGUAAACAUUUGUUUGUAUUCCAACACGUUAACUCUCGCACGUUAAGCGCGCCUGUAAACUGCUGAGUAAGGGUGGGAAUCUUUGGGCACCUAACGAUUCGAUUCCGAUUCCGGGAGUGACGAUUAGAUUCUCGAUUCAACACGAUACUUGUUUUAAACCGAUUCUCGCAAUGUAUUAUUUGGCAUAAUAAUAUUUAACAAACAAAUCUCAUUCUGGUUGCAUAGAGAUGGCCUGAAAACAUGUUGGGGUUUUUUUUAUUUACAAAAAAUUCUAAAUCAUUAUCAUUUUUUUGCAUCAAUUUUUGGAAAAUGAUGAUUCGAUUUAGAAUCGGAAUGAAUAAGAAUCGGGAUUCGGAUCUGAAUCCAUUCUUUUAUGCACCCCUACUGCUGAGAGUGAUAUACCUGUAUAGCGGUAAUUGUUGUUAAUAAAUGAAAGACACAUCUGCCUUUUUGUUAGGUCAGCAUUGUAAAAAAAAAUAAAAAAAAUGGAUAGAUACAAAAAAUGUUGAAUAGACAUAGAAAUACAGUACAGCACACUUUCUUAUUCAAUGGAUUUUCUUUAUUUUCAUGACUAUUUACAUUGUAGAUUGUCACUGAAGGCAUCAAAACUAUGAAUGAACACAUGUGGAGUUAUGUACUUAACAAAAAAAGGUGAAAUAACUGAAAACAUGUUUAAUAUUCUAGUUUCUUCAAAAUAGCCACCCUCUGCUCUGAUUGCUGCUUUGCACACUCUUGGCAUUCUCUCAAUGAGCUUCAAGCACACACAAUUGCAAAGAUCUACUUGGAUUCCAAACGUUUGGGGGUGUAGUCGUCAUUUCUCCCAUUGCGCUGUUGACAAUAUUGUCCCUACAACACGCCCAGACCUUACCAUGAAUUGAUUAACGUGGACCCCGACUUAAACAAGUAUUCGGGUGUUACCAUUUACUGGUCAAUUGUACGGAAUAUAUACUGUACUGUGCAAUCUACUAUUAAAAGUUUCAAUCAAUCAAUCAAUCAAUCAAAACCUCGUAGGCCAGGCAAACAAGCAGUACUGGUUGACGGUUUCUUCUAUCUUCAGCUACGUGGCCCAAAUGUGACGGGGAGACUUUACAAAAAAAGGGAAGAGUCGGGAUAAUUAAAGCCCUGCUCGUCUGCCAGGAUUUUCCAAUCUGUUUACAGACGUUUCGACUCAUUACGACGGAAAAUGUCACCGGUCUUUCGGUGAUACUUCAUGUUAACACCCCCAGAUUCACUCCUGUUCUGUCCUCCGUCAUACUAAUGUUAGUCUGGAGAGGACUUACGUGUCCCCUUAGUGUCGCAUUGAUCACACUUGGAGUCCAUCACUGUCAAUUCUUUUACCCCCAAGAAGUAAGACGGAUUUUCAACACUGCCUCAACCUCUUUGUGUAAGCAAGGAACCCCGGGGAUGGAACUUUGAUGCCACGUUAUGUUGAGCGACGCCAUAAAUCAUCCGGCUCGCCUCGGUCACCUUUUGGUUGGAUGACAAAGUUAUUCAGUGGACUUGUCAGCAGAAGUGGUACGAAGGUAAACACUUUUUAGUGGCUUGCAUUGUUUUGCCACAACCUCGGGUACAUUUGCACAAUCUAAUGAGCUGCAGAAGAACGAUCAGUCUGGAUUGAGCAAUAUGCUGAUCAUGAAACAUUUGACCCUGUAGUCAUAGGCUAUAACCAUUGGGUAGAUUCCCAUUUAAAUGAACAAUUAAAGGCCUACUGAAAGCCACUACUACCGACCACGCAGUCUGAUAGUUUAUAUAUCAAUGAUGAAAUCUUAACAUUGAAACACAUGCCCAUACGGCCGGGUUAACUUAUAAAGUGCAAUUUUAAAAUUCCCGCCACACUUCCGGUUGAAAAACUCCUUUGGAUAUGAUUUAUGCGCGUGAUGUCACAAAAUCCACGGAAGUGGUUGGACCCCAUCGAACCCGAUACAGAAACCUCUUGUUUUCUUCGACAAAAUUCCACAGUAUUCUGGACAUCUGUGUUGGUGAAUCUUUUGCAAUUUGUUAAAUGAACAAUGGAGGCUGCAAAGAAGAACGUUGUAGGUGGGAUCGAUCGGUGUAUUAGCGGCUAAGUACAAUACUUAUAGCAACACAACAAGGACUACUUACUACGCCUAGCCGAUGCUUGCCGCCAAACCCACGGAUGAAGUCCUUCGUCGCGCCGUCAAUCGCUGGAACGCAGGUGAGCACGGCUGUUGAUGGGAAGAUGAGGGCUGGCUGGCGUAGGUGGAGCGCUAAUGUUUUUAUCAUAGUUC